AUGCUAGCUCGUGGCGGCAAUGCUGGUUUCAUGGUUACUGCGGUGCUCAUCUAUCAGGGUGCAACUUUCACGCACUCAAGAGAACGCGGGGCUACAACAUCGGCCGGUGUUUCGGUGCCUGUGUCUACGAUUGUCUCGAGCACUACAGGCAUCAUGCUUCCCUCUGAACUGACUGACCCAGGGGUUUCCGGGUCGCAAAGUCACCAAAAUACAGCUGAGUUCUCCAGUGAAAGCGCCGGGAGCAAGAUAUUUGCUCUCCAGUACAAGACUGUGCGGAGAUCGGUUGUCCAGUCGUUCUUGGGUAUAAACAACGGUAUGAUGUUGAAAGAAAAGGGCCCAGAUUUGCCGGUUUCGCAGUCUUUUGUGAAGAAACACUGUGGAGAUGACGAAUCUGAGUCGGAGGAGAGCGAUCCCAGUAGCGACGAAGAAAGUGAUCGAGAGGAUGAGGUCGAGAGUGAUGACAAAUCUGGCGGUGUCUAUGAUACAGUCAAGAACGGCAAGGUCGUCCUGGAGAUGGAUGAGAAUAGCGUUACGUGGGCUAAUCCGCUAGAUGAGGAGGAAGAGGGGGUGGAACGCGUUGAUAUCAGCAUUGAUGGAGAAGAAAUGGAGUUUGUAUUUUGA